CCGCUGAGAUGGGCUGACCAAACCUAUGACGGAGAGCCCGACGUAAUGGGCGAGCCGGUCAUGACGGAGCCGCAGGAGGCACUGAAGACGGGAACCUCGAGCGGUCGACGAGAAGCGACGAGACGACGCUCCCCCGAGUAUGAGCGGAGGGAGACCAUGGCGGAUAGGCACAGAGACGACUGGAGAGAGAGCUCAAGGGAUUCCUAUUGGAGGGACAGAGAUAGAGACAGAGCGCCGCUCAGGCGAGUCUUCGACCCUCAGACAGGGGAGUCGCAUCCGGUCCCUUACGAGAGCAAGGACCGCUAUAUUAUUACGCACAAGGUCUCUGAGCCACCUACUUUUAGGGGUUAUGGCAUCACAGAAUAUCUGGAGAAGUGGGAGUUUCAUGCAAGUCAGAGUCAGUGGUUAGAGGAAGAGAUUAUAGAGAACUUCUUAUUUAAUGUGGACCCGAGUCUCGGUAGGGAAGUUAAGGAAGCUCGACCGAAGGAUGGAAAAUGGACUACGUACAAGAAGAACCUCGUUGAGCUUUACAAAUUGGAGGAUAACAAGUACUCCAUCAAGGAUCUUGAGACGAUGACUCAAGAUGAAGAUGAGAGCGUACGGGCAUUUGGGAUGCGUUUCCAGAAGAUCUCCGACGUGCUGAUGAAGAAGGGGAAGAUCUCAGAGGUCGAGCGCUGUACUAUCUUCAUCGGACACUUGUCCAAAGGUAGGCAAAAGAGUAUACUUAGAGAUCUUUUGCGCGACAAGCUUUACUUCCCAGAAGUCCUAAAGCUCGCGAUAAAGACAGAGGCAGAUGACUACAAGGACUUGGUGUGGAGAGGGAUGAGGAGACGUGACUUUUCCCUCUACAAGGAGUAUGUCACCGAUAGAUGUCCUGAUUUUAACGACCAUCCCUGGUCGGAGAAGAAUGAAGCCGUGGCCGAAAAAGUGAAGGAGAUAAGGGACAUGGUAAAGGGAUUGACAAGACAGGUUACAGAGAUUGUAACCACCACAAGAGCCACUGCAUAUCGGGACAAGCUCGGAGGGCCAUAUUCCCUUCGCUGGGACCGGAGGAACACUGAUUCCUGGAGGAGUGUUGAGGAUAGAAAUCCUCGAACACUGACUGAUUAUCAUGAUCUGGGAGAUGUAUCGAUGUUCCCCUCGAUGAAGGAGAAUGUCGAAGCAAGGAGAGUAAAGCCGAGUAAAGGAAAGGAGCAGGUUAGGAGCCAGAGCAUCAAGAUAACUUUUGAAGGAGAUAUGGCGACCACACCCAUAAGGGUGGCAGCUACCAAGUCUACGAGAGGAUCUACAUCGAAGAAGACCGAGACGGAUUACGUGAUGGCGGAGAAGGACGGCGGGCAGCGGAUCGAUGGAGAGGAGGUUAUUAUUUUGCCGCGAAAGCGGGGAGUAAAGAAGUUCUUGAUGAAGAGUUCGCUGGAUGAGAUUGACACGGUCGAGCCACUGAGACGGGCCCUUCGGCAUCCCAUGCAGUGCUCAAUUCCUGAGUACCUGGCGGCAUCGAAGCCAGCCCGCGAUGAAUUACAGAUGAUCACACAGAAGACUCGCAUACCUCUAUCAGAGGAGGCUCAGGGGGCCCCUAAGGCGGAAGCUCCUACCGUAGCAGUAACGGGGGUGACUGCCAGAGCGGAUCGCAUGUCGACAGUCCUUCUUGAUGGGAUGGAAGGUGUGCCACCAGACAAGUUUUACAUACUUGGUAGUGGGGCCGUGGAGACGAUCAUAAACGAUGGAGCGGUACUACAUGCUGUGAUCGAUAACGGCAGUGAGGCUGUCAUUAUAGACGAGGAUCUGGCAGUACAGGUUGGACUGGGCCUCGAUAGGUCAUACCUAUUCGAGAUUGAGACUGCUGAUGGGAGAAAGCAACAGAUCACUGGGGUUUGUCACAAGGCAGUCAUAGAGGUCCAAGGGGUACGAGUGACCCUGCCCAUCUUUGCAGUCAAGAACUGCAGCUCCGAUCUGCUCUUGGGACGAACGUGGUUGAGCCACGUGCAUACGGUGACGAUAGAGCGACCGGAUGGGAGCCAAACUUAGUCCAUUAAGAAGCUAGAUGAG